UCCGGGAACAGAAACCAGUUGUCGACAUCGAGAUGAAGGUGUUCCUAGCUAUUCUAGCCCUGGCCGUGGCCUCGGCCGCCGCCUUCGAGGAGAAGGUGUUCGUGAAGGACCUGCCCAAGGCCACCAAGAUGGAGGGCCGCAUCACAAACGGAUACGCCGCCCCCGAGGGCAAGGCCCCCUACACGGUGGGUCUGGGCUUCAGCGGAGGAUGGUGGUGCGGUGGCUCCAUCAUCGCCCACGACUGGGUCCUGACCGCCGAGCACUGCAUCGGAGACGCCGGCUCCGUGACCGUCUACUUCGGGGCCACCUGGCGCACCAACGCCCAGUUCACCCACACCGUCGGAAACGGCAACUUCAUCAAGCACUCCAACGCCGACAUCGCCCUGAUCCGCAUCCCGCACGUGGACUUCUGGCACAUGGUCAACAAGGUGGAGCUGCCCAGCUACAACGACCGCUACAACAACUACAACGAGUACUGGGCCGUGGCCUGCGGAUGGGGCGGCACCUACGACGGCAGCCCGCUGCCCGACUGGCUGCAGUGCGUCGAUCUCCAGAUCGUCCACAACGAAGAGUGCGGCUGGACCUACGGCAACGUGGGCGACAACAUCAUCUGCACCCGCAACGUCGACGGCAAGUCCAUCUGCGGAGGAGACUCCGGCGGUCCCCUGGUCACACACGACGGCAGCAAGCUGGUGGGAGUCAGCAACUUCGUCUCCGCGAGCGGCUGCACGUGGGGUGCUCCGGCUGGAUUCCAGCGCGUCACCUACCACCUGGACUGGAUCCGCGACCACACCGGCAUUUCCUACUAACUGUCUUAAAUAAAUCGAGCAUUUGAAGAGCAA